UUUUUAGGACCCUAGCUACGGUGUGCGCGUGGUCGAUAUCUAGUACAUUGGUGGUCGUUUUGUGUAGCAAUCUGUGCACCCCAAGUUGGCUUGCAUGCGGCACACCUGUUUUUCUCCGCUUUUUCCUGCAUCGCGUCACGCUCCAUCCACAUAUCUGUCUGUGUCUUUCGUUCUACCCUCGGGUUUUUGCUGCCUGCCGCCUCCUGUUCUUCACACUAUCUCGAGCCAUUUCCUCCGGAUAUCUCCACCUUUCUUCACCAUCCACCGCCAGUUGCCCUACCAUCGUGUGGCGCUCGCCCCCUGUUCCGUCCGCCUUUCUGCCUCAUUUCUCUCGGGCCCCCAUGACAACGUGUUCUCCCACGGCCUUCUCCUAUGCGAGCUUAUUCCGGCUACGGGCGGACAGGCAGCCCUGGCGGGAGCAUGCCGUCUAGCGGCUUCUUUGCCUCUGGAGCAUUGGGAUCGGGCGGCCUCGGCUCUGGAACUCUGACGAUGACGUUAAGUCAUCCAAGCGGCGCUCAGGGGGCUGGCGGCCCCAACAACUCUCGGUCCCGCCACACAAAGCCGAGGCGCAGCAGCUGCAGGACGGCCUGCGCCGUUCUCGGCUUCGGCCGGGUGACGGGUGUGUAUCUCUUCUCCUGCCUUGCAUGCAUCAGCGUCGCCGUCGCCUUCAAUACAACGGGCCCAUCAGCCUACGAGUACUACGUUAGCUGCCACGGAGACGGGACGGUGUCCCACGGAUUCUUCCUGCUGCUCGUUGCCGCCCAACUGUUUUUCAUCGUCCUGAAGUGGUGGAGACCACAGCAGUCUGCCUGGCACUGGAUGGGGGCUGUAUCGGGGCCCGAGCGCUCCUCUCCCCCUACCGGUUUGGUUGCCGCGUUUCCGCUGGAGACUCGGACGGCCGUGCCCUCCGGGAAGAAAGGCCGCUUGGAGCAGGGGGACAUCCAUAAAGGAGUCGACCCCGCCGCUGUCGUCGUCUCUGCUGUGCGAGGCUCCGGUGUACGGACACCCGGCGGACACGCACAGCCGGCGGCAGCAGACGCAGGCGACCCGUCUGGGUCUGCCGCUUGGAUGCAGGGAGGUUUUCGCCUGCCGGCCGGCGCGCGCCACGCAGAAGACGAUCUCUCUCAAAGUGCUCAGAGUGCACAGAGAGGCGCUUUCAAGAAGGGACCAGACGGGGCGAGAGAGCUCACUUCCUCAAUGGGUAUGGCUCCCAUGGCGACCGACACAGGAACAUCCACAGCCACUGGAAUCGGCACGAGCUCCGCAGGGAUCUCGAAAUUGUUCCUGGAAGAAGCGCCCGAUGGAGAAGGCUACGAGGAUCGACAGGAGUAUGCAGCGGGGCUUGGCGAUUUAGAAAGCGGCAGGAACGGCCAGGUCUUUUGCUCUGGCGGUGGGGAUUGCCUCGUCCCCUCGUGGCGCCCCACAGGCAUCUGCUGGAAUUCGACCUGGGUCACGAUGGAGUACCUCAUCUACGGCCUCGGCUUCUACUCCGCAGUGCUCGGGUGGCGCGUCUACGGAGGCGCCACCACGAGCAAUUUCACAACGCUCAGAACCUGCGACCAUAUGAACGUUUUGUCCUUCGGGGCAGAUCUACCUCUCGUUGACAGCAUUGUUUCAGAUUUUGCUUUUCUGGAGAGUUACCUGGCACUGGCGACGACGAUGCUGAUCGUGCGCAAGUAUCGCAACCCAUACUGGCUCAGCUCAUACUGCGGACCUGGUCUUAUGCGGCACUGCCCGGAAGCGCUGAAGACGGUCUUCAUUUUCCAGGCGCUGCUUCAACUGGCGAUUCUCGCGACGGCUACAGGGAAAAUCGCUCUUUGUUGGAUGACCGGCUACGGGACUCCCAUGCAGAUCCUCUCUGCCUUCAUACUCGUCAGCGUCGUGAUGUGGACUGUCACCGUCUUGAGUCACGUCCUGCAAACAGAGCAGAUGAACCCUCCUCUCCUUCCCACCCUCGAGUACCACUGGCUGUGGGCGAUGAUUUGCCAGGCCAUCAUUUGGUUUUGCGGCUUUCUCUUUUAUCUCUCCGUCUACGGCGUCCGGUGCUGGCCCUUCCUCGCGCUUCAUGCGGCGGCAUGGCUCGGCUACGUUUCAAUUACAGUGUGGAAAUUCAGCUCCAUCUUCCCCAACUGGAUUUCCGGCACAGAAGAAACAGACGUUUCCUUCGAUGCGUCAGACCACCGGCGUGUCUUGCGCCCACGCCACCGGGGAGACAGGAGCAUGCGUGUACUCGGGGACGAGGUGGGAGCUGGAGCCUCUCCGUUUAUGCGAGCUAGCUAUCAGUGAAGCCGAUGUCUUUGAGCAAAAGAAACGGUCGGCUUCUGCGCAUCAAAGCAAGGCGAUCUGUAUAGUUCUUCCUUGGUACACCUGCGUCCACAGGAGUUGUCUCGUUUUGGCGCUCAGAGCCGUUCGAACUAGGUACGGGUAAGGGACAAGGUCUCCGCGCUGUAGAAAAGAAGAAAGGUAGCUGGUCUGUAAUGCUGGCAGUUGUAAGGGAAGGAACGAGUUGUUUGUAGACUCGAGGGAGAGAAGGAAGCGGGUGGACACAGAGAGGGAGGAACCUGAGAAUGCCAUGUUAAAACAUACAGCGAAGGGAAGCAGGCCAUCGGAAGGCAGCCGCCGGCGCGUGCUUGGGAUUUUCAUUUUUUUCACUCGGUUUUCAAAUGAAGUCCAAGAACUUAAACCGUUUUUGUUUUUUCCCCGUCUCAAAGAUUGAUUUCAAGAGGGGGCGGCUCGAGGGAAAGAGACGCUGGGGCCGCAUUUGCGAGUCUACGCAACUUUGAGGACUUUUGUCGCAACUUCUGCGACAGACCCCCGACAUCAAGGUGCUCCUACGUCGAUUAAGUUCUCGGCGUAAUGUGUGGAUUCCUGUUUUCCCUCGUAAGAACCGCAAGCCCGCCAUUUCCUGCGCGAGUCGACGUUCACGUUGAAA